UAAUUGACAAAUGCUUUUUUAACUCACAAAAUGUUAAUAUACGGAAGUAAGUUGAUUUACGUCAACUAAUUGACACAUUGGGUGCGUGGGAUAUCCGAAAUGGUAUCAACCACUGCUCUGUAGCCCUUUUGUGGGCGCCACUGUGUAAUGGAAAGCCUAGAAAACAAUUUUGGCUAUCUUAGCUUGAGAGAGGCGUCUCAGCCGCUUACUGAUCCGUCAUGCUUUUAUUCAAAUGACCAAGUUUACAAGGCUUACGGAAGUCUUCCUGCCAAUAGUCAUAGGCGAAGUGCUACUCGAGUAUCACGCUAUGGGAACGGAGACAAUGUGGCACAACAGUCUAAUGGAUAUCCUAUGUUCAAUCAGUGGAACCCCAUUCACCGGCUUGACAACAUUGGUCUUUUCGGUCCCCCACCCCUUAUCUUUGAAGGUGGAACAACAAAUCAUGGCGUUGUUCACCAUCCAGUCAACAAACAAUAUAGUGACAAACAACUGUGGUCUAAACCUUUGAAGAAAAGUGAAUAUGAACUGUUUGAUCAACCGAAACGUGGUUUAAACUUCCAGUUGUAUGAUAGUAUACCGGUUACUCAAUCCGGACCUAAUUGGACUCCUGUGGAACCCAUAAAGUCAUUCAAUGAUGUUGAACUUCAUCAAGUAAUCAAGGAGAAUGUGACUAGAGCUCAGUAUAUACACCCGACACCAGUGCAAAAGUAUGCUUUGCCAAUUAUCGCCGCUAAACGUGAUUUGAUGGCAUGUGCUCAAACAGGUUCUGGAAAGACGGCAGCGUUUUUGCUCCCAAUACUCAAUAUGUUGUUUGAAGAUAAUCACUGUGAAAAUUCAGAUACAUCGGCACUCAAUUGCACUGCAUGUCCUUUAGCUUUAAUCCUUGCUCCAACGAGGGAGUUAUCGUCCCAAAUUUAUGAUGAGGCCCGAAAAUUUUCAUUCCGUUCCAACAUUAAACCAUGUGUAGUCUAUGGUGGAGCCUCUAUUCUUUCUCAAAUACGGGAGUUAUCCCAUGGUUGUAAUCUACUUGUUGCCACCCCUGGGCGUCUUGUCGAUAUGGUGAGCAGAGGUAAAGUGAGCCUGGAACAAAUCAAGUUUUUCGUCUUGGAUGAAGCUGAUCGAAUGCUUGAUAUGGGCUUUGAACCACAGAUUCGUCGAAUAGUCGAACAACAUGGGAUGCCACCGGCUGGAAAAAGACAAACUUUGAUGUUUUCUGCAACAUUUCCGAAAGAAAUCCAGACACUUGCACGGGACUUUCUACACUCUUACAUAUUUCUGGCUGUUGGACGUGUGGGUAGUACUAAUGAGAAUAUUAUUCAAGAAGUUUUGAAUGUAGCUGAUAAAGAUAAACCUGAAAUGUUGGUUCGACUACUUCAAGGAAAAGAUCCGGAUGGCUUGGCUUUAGUCUUUGUUGAAACUAAACGUGGAGCUGAUGUUUUGGCUAAAUUUUUAUGCCAGUUGAAUUUUCCAGUCGCAUCAAUUCAUGGUGAUCGCCCUCAAACUGAACGAGAACAUGCUCUUCAAUCUUUUAGAUCUGGUCGUACUCCUAUUCUUAUUGCUACAGCAGUUGCAGCUCGCGGUUUAGAUAUACCGAAUGUUAAGCAUGUGAUUAAUUUUGAUCUACCAUCAGAUAUUGAGGAGUAUGUUCAUCGUAUUGGUCGUACAGGUAGAAUGGGCCAACCAGGCUCUGCAACAUCAUUUUUUUCUGAGAAAAAUCAGAAUGUGGUAAGAGAUUUGGUUGAAUUGCUUCGUGAAUCUAAACAAGUUGUACCACCGUGGUUAGAAGCACGUGUUACUUACCCUUCAGGACCAGCGAGUCGUCGCAAUAAGAAUUUGAAUAAUAACAUAAAUAAAAAGAAUCGAGCUAAUUAUUGUUCAUUUGAUUGUCGACAGUAUGGCAAUCGAAGUAUCAGCUAUGUCGGUGGAUCUUUACCAAUGAAUAACAAUACCAAUAAUAACAGUAAUGUGCCCAAUGGUGGACUUGGACUACUUGGAAACUGUUCAUUGUCAUUCCCUAUUGCUAGUAAUCCUAGACAUCCACAGAACAAUACUUACAACCCAUUAUUUCAGCCUAGUCAGAAUCAACAGUCUAACAAAGUUUUCUGUAAAAAUAAUUCUGGCUAUAGUAACCGAGUGAACACAUUUACAGGAACACAUGAACAACAGAAUAAUUCUUUAGCAGCACCUGUUUCUUUAUUUCAUCAUCAGCCUAGACUUCAACAUCCGCAACCAGCAACACUGAUGCCUGCACCAAAUCCAAAUGCUGCAGUUCAUCAAUUUUUGGCGGCAGCUGUCGCAGCUGGGAUCCACCCUAUGCCAUCUAAUGGUACAAAUAUUAACGAUGGAAAUCUAACGGCUAUGAAUAAUGGAGGCUUUCAAAAUCCGCAUGUUCAUCCAGCAAAUGGUGCAGCUUUUGCAACACCUACUUACCAGGCUUUUCAUCCGGCCGCUGUUUUUCCUUCAUCAAAUCAAGUUCCGUCACAAUCUGUUUCUUCUAAUGGUCGAGAGGGCUCUGGGACUGUAGUAUUUCCAUCACCUGCUGGUCUUUAUCAUGCAGGUAACUUAAAUGGAACUAAUACGCUAAACUCAACAAGUUCGGCCAGUCAUCAAACCUUACAACAAACUCAUCCAGCUACAGCACUUAUCCAAACUGGCUACCCUGUUCAAUAUUACCCUCAAAAUCAACAGCACUUUGGUCCUGUCUCCAACGGAAUUCAGCGUCAUUCACCUCAGCAACAACAGCACCAUCAACAACAACAAGCUGUAGUCGCUGCUGCAAUGGCUGUCGCAGCCGCUAUGAAUAAUGGUAUGCAAUCGAAUAGCGAGAAUUGCAAUGCAUAUAUAUCUCAACAUUCUCAAAUGGAAUGCAAUAUUCCACUUGAUUCCAUCACAGCAUCUAGUCCAUCUGGACAAAUAACUAAAGGUGGAUCUGUUAUUCAACCGGUGUUUAGAAAUGAUGGUGACUGGUGGACAUCGGCCACACCAACAUAGUUCAUAUUGUGAAGUUAGGCAUCAUUUGAUUUACAUAGUGUCGUAGUGAUUUUGUUUACAUUAUUUAUGCAUUCGCAUGUUUUGAAGUACUUACUUUACUUAGACAUUUGACUUUUGUAUUAAUGUGCGAGUUUCCAUGAACGCGCUUACAUUAUACAUGCAUGUUUGCCUACAAACAAAAUCAUUACUCAUUGAGUAUAAUUUGUCUUUAUAAUUCUAUAUAAAUCUUACUUAGUUGUUUAGCCCUUCAUUUCUAUGUAACCAAUUUUCUCUGUUAUUCUGAUUACUGUUAUCAGUAAUGUAUGAUUCCAAUUGUUUACAAUUUUAUCAUUAUUUCCUUGUGUCUUGUUACUAGGCAUUAGUUGCUUUUUUUUAUCAUCAUGUUAUACUGUCUUCUGUAUUACUAUUUUGAGUUAUAUGCCUGUGAGUUUGUUCUUUAUGGUAACAUCUAUAUUGUCUAUUCCACCAUUCAUUAGCUAAUUUAAAGAAAAUACUUCACAAUUGCUCGUAUAUAUUCAUAUAUAAAUAUCGACGUCGGUCAACUAACUCCCUGUGUCUGUUUUCUUAUUAUUCUUUAUUCUUUUAUUUACUCUCAUGUCUGCUUUUUUGUACGACUAGACUCUCUUGCUUUUGAAACACCUAUUAAAACCAACUAAUUAUCCUUAAAUUACUAUCUUCAAUUAAUUUUUCUUCUUUGGAAAGCUCUUUAUUGUUGAAAAUGCGCCUCACUGUUUUCAAGCUACUGUUGCUGUUAUCAUUGUUAUUGUUAAUAAUACUAAUGAUGUGCAGCGUUAAGGAUUACCACCAUUCUCAAUGUAUGAAUUUUUUGUACAGUUGCGAUACUGACAUAAGUAUGGUUUUUUGCCAUUAUUUGAAGUAGAAUUUAUAUUCAUUAUACAACUAAUACAAAUUGUAUACACACUGACAUACUCAUCAAAUAUAUAGGAUUUUCACUUGAAUAUUAUGCAUAAUGUAAUAUUGAGAUUGUACCAUAUUUGACUUGUUUUUUUUUUGUCCAUUUAUCUACCUUAGCAUUUGUUAGUUACUUUCAUCUGUCCUCUUUCUCAUUUCAUUCAGCUUAAUCAUAACCAUAAUCUUGUUUUACUUCUGUCAUUAUUGUCUUUCUUUUUUUUUUUUCAUUUUUUAAAAAUUGAAUUUAUGUUUAAUCUAAAACUGCACUACUUUCUUUUGUUUCAGUGAUUAUAUUCCUUUUUAUUGCGUGUAAAAAUCAACUAUACACUGUCCAUGUGCUUUCCUCUACUGUGUCUGUGUGUACAUGUGUCUCAACAAAUCAUUAUAUUACCAUCUUGUCUUUACAUCGUAUCAAGUUGUCUAUACAUUUAUAUAGAGUAAGGUCUAUGUCAGUGUUGUAUUUAACUAUCUGUUUACAUAUAUAUAUAUAUAUAUAUAUAUAUAUAUAUAUAUAUAUAUAUACUACCACUACUAUUAAAUUCUAACAAAUUCUGUUCGCAACUCAGGGUCAUUCUGCUUAAAAUGAAAAAUUGAACUACUUGGAUCUAUAUUUAAAAGCAGAAAAGGGUGUGAAAGGCUGAGGGUAUUUUGUCAGUGAAAUUAUUCUAUUUUAAAAACUAAUCUCUAACUAACUAUCCUUCAUCUUAUAUUUCUUCUAUUGAUUCAAAUUAUUUUUCUGUUUAUCCCUUUUUUUCCCUAUCUGUUACACAAGUGUUUGAACAUUUUCUGUUUGAAAACUCUUUCUCAGUGUUAGAGAAAAAUGUCUUAUUCUUCAUGAUUGAAUUAGUUGUUGUAGUAUUCUUACACUGGUUACCUUCGUUGAUACAGCAUAGCUUAUUGUUGGUUGACGAGCAAAUGUAAAUUAGCUAACGUUUUUUUUUGAAACUAUUGUUUUGUUAAUCCCACCUCUUCAGUUCAUGUUACUACUACUAUAUCAUCAUUACAUUGUUUUUUUUCUCUUUUGUUGUUUGCUUUUGUCACAUUAAAUGGUAAUAAGUAUAAACAACAACAAUUAUCAAGGUCAAACAAUAAUCUAUAAAAGAUUAAUAAUGUUGAUCUUGUUUAUAUUAAACAAACAAAAAUGUCAUGAUUGAUUUUUGUUGUUAUAUUUCCUUAAUUUUAUUUCAUAUAGUAGUUAUUGGGCAGUUUGUAGGUCGAUUAAUGUUAGUGCAUAGAUUUUUGAUGGUAUCAAGC